UCCUGUUAUCAACCAUCUUGACACGACCGACGUAUGCUUUACUUCCAAGAUUCAGCAGUCACAUUAUUCGCAAGAUGGCACAGAUCGUAGUGAUUGGAGCCGGUGUAAUCGGAUUGAGCACCGCCGUGAGACUCCAGCAGGAUGGUCACAAAGUAGCAAUUGUGGCCAAGGAGUUUCCGAGCCCGUUUGAGGCCGUUGACAGCAAAGCUUCAAUCAAUUACACCUCACAAUGGGGCGGCGCUCACAACCGCUGGGUCAUACCGGCCAACGAGAUGGAACAGCGCGAUCAUACGAUGGCUCUUAGAACAUUUCAGCACAUGGAUUCGCUGGUGAAGAGCAAUCCUGAAGCUGGCAUCACUUUCAUGCCUGGCAUCGAAUAUCUCGAGGAUCCCCCGGCCCAGUACAAAGCUCUCACGGAGGAAACGGCCAAGAGCUUGGGACUGGUGAAUUUCCGGCCCCUGAGUAAGAGGGAAUUCCCGGACGACAAGGUGAGGUGGGGAUGCGAGUACAAGACAUGGUGUGUGAACCCCAUGAUCUACUGCUCGUUCCUCCUUCGCAAGUUCUCUUGGGGUGGCGGCCAAGUCCUCCGCAGGGAACUCAGUGAUGCUCGCGAGGCCUUCUCGAUGAAGGAGUUGCCGAAUGUGCGAUAUGCAGUCAACUGCUCUGGUUUUGGAUUUGGUGACCCAAACUCAUUCAUCACGAGAGGUCAAACGUGUGCCGUAGCCAACUUCAGCCCGGCAACAGUGACGAGACAGAAUGCUGAUGGAUCCUGGACAUUUUGCGUGCCUCGAAAUUUCGACGGCGGCACUAUCGUUGGUGGCACAAAAGAACCCGAUAAUUGGGACACUGAACCGUCAGUGGAAGUACGGGAAAAGCUUCUCAAAACUUUUGCUGCCACGUAUCCCAAGAUUCUCGGGGACGAUGGAGAGUAUCGCGUCCUCAAAGAUGUCGUGGGGCGACGACCGACACGGAAAGGCGGCUUGAGACUGGAGAGAGAGGAAGUGGACGAGAAGCACACCAUAAUCCAUGCAUAUGGACUUGGUGGUAGGGGGUUCGAGAUGUCCUGGGGUGUAGCUGAGGGUGUACUCGAACUGUUGGGAGACUUGAAAAUCACCCCGCGACUUUAGCAGUGUAUAUGCCAUGCUAGAGAAACGGUGUAAAAAUAUAAUAAAUAAGAUCUGAAUCAACAGGCACUGAUCAACGUUGUCUAAACAUUAAACCCGUAUGCAUGGUCAUCAACCAGCGUGGAAAGCAUGGAGGAAGGGAAGAAGGUCAAGCGAUAUCGGCGACGUCGUCUGAUUGGCCCAUUGAUGACUUGACUGAAAGCGAGAGAACGUUGGAGACGUUGCAGCUUCGGCCGGUACCUGCAUGGCGUCACCCGCCGCUGCGUGAGUGGUGUAAGUCCUGGCUGGGCAGAAUGUCGCAAAAGGGGAAGAAAAGAAAAAAAAGUAAAAAUUUCUCAGCUGUUGG